UUGUGCUGGAUUGAAAUGCUGUAUUGACAUGGGACCGUGCGAGUGCGCGCGCGCAAAGGACCGACAAACAGUGGGAGCAGUAACAGAACAACUCAUCAAUGGCACAGAGCUGUAGCGCGGUAUUACACGCUCACAAGACAAACAGUAGAAGAAGAGAGAGCGGGAUGGAUGUGAUCAGCGGCUGUUGUCGGGACUUUUAUCUGCAGUAAUGUUUCUGAGCUACUAGCAAGAAGUGAGCGGAAAUCCACCAGGAGAGAGUGGGAUAAGACGCCGGCUUGUUGUUUGUAGCCUAGUUGUCGCUUGGUGUCGCAUGGGGACAUGACCAGUGUGGAUCCAGCGUCCAGCAAACUGUUGAAUUUCAACCAGCGUUCUGCGUCUGAGGACUUGGGCUGCAGGCGUGGAGAUUUCAGCAGGAAACAUUAUGGUUCAGUGGAGCUGCUGAUUUCCAGUGAUGCAGAUGGGGCCAUACAGCGGGCAGGGCGCUUCAGGGUGGAGAAUGGCUCAUCAGAUGAGAGUUUGGACCACACUCCAGGAACCUGGAGACGGACUGAUGUCCAUCUGGAGAAUCCAGAGUACCACACCAGAUGGUUCUUUAAAUACUUCCUGGGUAAAGUUCAUCAAAACUACGUGGGCACAGAUGCAGAGAAGAAUCCCUUCUUCUUGUCCGUGGUCCUCUCAGACCAAAACAACCAACGGGUUCCUCAGUACAGAGCCAUCCUCUGGAGGAAAACGGGCACUUUGAAAAUCAGCCUUCCUUACAGCCCCACCAAAACACUAUCAGUCAAGUCUAUCCUAAGUGCAAUGAACAUGGAUAGGUUUGAGAGAGGCCCUCGGGAGAUUCUUAACCCUGAUAUUCAGAAGGACCUGCUGGUGUUGGAGGAACAAGAGGGCUCUGUAAACUUUAAAUUUGGAGUCCUUUUUGCCAAAGAUGGACAGCUCACAGAUGAUGAGAUGUUUAGUAAUGAAAAAGGGAGUGAGGGUUUUGACAAGUUCCUUAACCUUCUGGGGGACAUCAUCACGCUACAGGGGUGGGCAGGGUACCGCGGGGGUCUUGACACAAAGAAUGACACUACAGGGAUUAAGUCCAUCUAUACGGUCUAUCAGGGCCACGAGCUCAUGUUUCAUGUGUCCACCAUGUUGCCCUACUCCAAAGAGAAUAAACAGCAGGUGGAGAGGAAGAGACACAUUGGAAAUGACAUUGUUACCAUAGUAUUUCAGGAAGGGGAUGAUGCAUCGUCAUCCUUCAAGCCUUCAAUGAUCCGGUCACAUUUUACUCAUAUUUUUGCUUUAGUUAGGUAUAAUAGCCAGAAUGACAGUUACAGGUUGAAGAUAUUCUCAGAAGAGAGUGUCCCAUUGUUUGGACCUCCUCUCCCGUCUCCACCUGUAUUUACUGAUCACCAUGAAUUCAGGGACUUUUUACUAGUCAAAUUAAUCAAUGGAGAGAAAGCCACAUUGGAGACGCCAACGUUUUCCCAAAAGCGUCAGCGGACUCUUGAUAUGUUAAUCCGGUCACUUUAUCAAGACCUCAUGCCUGACUUGCACAAAGUUCCCUUCUCUCCUCAGAACAUGCUAAACCGACGGUCCUUCAGCGAUGUCCUCCCAGAAUCCCCAAAGUCUGCACGCAAGAAAGAGGAAGCCCGACAAGCAGAGUUUGUCAGGAUAGGCCAGGCUUUGAAACUCAAGACUAUUGUAAGGGGUGAUGCGCCCACCAGUCUUGUAACUACGGGCAUCUGCAGAAAAGAGCCUUGGGAAUCUCAACCAUUCUGCAGCACGUUUCCCUAUGAAAUCGUGUGUGCGGACUCCUGGGGCCAAUCUCUGCUUGUUGCCACAGACACAGCGGGUGUCAUGCUAUUGGACGGCACUGAUCCAACUCUGUCGAAUUCUGAUCCACCAGCUGUGCCACCCGUACAAGUGUUCGACAAAACAAUGGUGGUAAAGCAGAUGCACGUUCUCGAGCCUCAGGACCUGCUCAUCAUGAGGGCAGACAAAGGGAAGGACGCGCGGCUCUAUGUUUUCAGACUGAGUGCAUUAAAGAAAGGCCUGGAGGAGAAGCAGCUCAUUAGGAGCAAGUGUGACAGCCGGGAGAACAAGCUGGAGAAAACCAAAGGCUGUCAUCUGUACUCGAUCAACACCCACCAUGGUGCAGAGCUGAGGAUAGUCGCUGCCAUCAGAAACAAACUGCUGCUCAUCACACGCAAACAGCCACGCUUUGAGGGCCUUAGCGCAGUGGCACCUGGAGUGGACUCACCAGUGGAAGAGUUUCAGUACAUAAGGGAAAUCUGUCUGUGCGACCCGCCUGUGGUGAUGGCUCUGGUGGAUGGGCCAACAGGGGAAAAUGACAAUAUGAUCUGUGUGGCCUACAAACAUCAAUUUGACCUGAUCAAUGAGAGCACUGGAGAUGCCUACAGGCUCCACCAUGUAGAUGCCAACAGGGUAAAUUUUGUUGCAGCCAUUGAUGUGUAUGAAGACGGAGAGGCAGGUCUGCUGUUGUGUUACAACUAUAUUUGUUACUACAAGAAAGUGUGUCCUUUCAAUGGCUCUACCCCAAUGAUACACUCGAACACCUCUGACUUCCACUUCAGCUGGAACCAGAUGCCAAAUGCAAUUGUAUGUGCAUUUCCAUACAUCUUGGCCUUUACAACGGACUCCAUUGAGAUCCGGCUGGUGGUCAAUGGAAACCUGGUGUACACUGCGGUAGUGCCUGGUCUUGAGCUUGCAGCAUCAAGGUCUGACAUCUAUUUUGUCUCGUCUGCUCCGGUGAGCUCCACAUCCAACAGCAGUUCAAAGGACACCAGUUCCCAAAGUUCCCCACAAACGCCCACUGGCUACGAGAUGCCUGCGUUCCCUUCACCACUCGGAGACGAUUCUAUACGGAUUCCUUAUGGUACCAAGCUAUCCCUGUACAUGUCUAAGGAUGCUGAAGGUGAAUCUGCAUGUAAACACAUCUUUAAGAUCCCUCUGUCCAACCUGGUGGGUCGUAGCAUUGAGAGACCCCUGAAGUCUCCUCUGGUUAACAAAGUCCUGACAGCACCAGCUCCCUCUAUGGUCAUGUCCACCCCUCUCAUCUCAGCCACACAUUCUCUGUCCAUGUCCCGAAUGGAGAUCAAGGAGAUAGCCAGUCGCACUCGAAAGGAGCUACUAGGUUUAACAGAAGAACCAAGUGGAAAAUCUGACAGCAAACAGAGGAAAAUGAGCAAAAAGAACACAGAGGAAGAACCCAAAGCCAGAGCCCUGACAUCAACAAAUAGUGACAGGAUACCUUCAGAGUCUGGUGAACUUCAAGUGGACUUACAGAGGCAGUUAUCCUCUAGCUCUGAUGCAGAGGCAGAGAAGGCAAUGCUGCAGGAGGACAGCCCCUCCUUGGCCAAUGCAUUUGGCCUCACGUCUUUUGAGGAGGACGUUCUGGACCUAAAGUGAAGACAAUCCCAGUGUGCACUUCUCUGUCCACCUGCCCUUAUACUGUCACGAUGGCUUAUUUGUCGCUUUACUUUUAUUUGUAAUUUUGUUUGUCUUUUAUUUGUGUUGUGGUAUUUGGCCCAUUUUUUUUGUCUGACCAAAUGAAUGCAAUUGGUUGUGUUAGAGUCAGCCCCUCAGGUGUGUUGGGUAUCUAUGUUGCUUUGCAAAAAAGCAGAGUUAUGUGGUUUAAUCAGACCUCAUCGGCUGCCUUGUUAAAAUGUUUAAAAUCUAAACCAGAUACUUUGUCACCACACAAAAUGACUAAACUCACAAUGACAGUACUUUUUCAGUAUAGCCCGCAACAGCUUACAUUUUGUGAUAAUUUGAGAUAUUCUAUAUCAAUAUGUUUGUACAAACACAAUGAUGGGUAUGUUUGUCACACUUGUAAUGCAUAUAUAGAGAUAUAGUAUUACAUUUUAUUAUAUGAAAAUGAUUCACAUAUUUGUUCUUGUUCACUAUUCAGACUUUAUUUUUACAUGCAGAGUAUACAUGCAGACAGAGGUGGAGGCAGUCUUCCCCCAUUCACCUGGUUGUAGCGGCCAUGACUGUAGACAACAUUAGUUGACUAAAGAGGCCCACAGAUUAAAUAACUAUAUGCAAACUAAACAGCUUCACUUUAAACAAGUGCAAUAAAUUGGUCAGCAACAAUGAAUGCAGAAGGAUUCUACAAAUACAUGUUUACAAAACAGAAUCUAUACAGGUGAUAGUGCUUCCCCUGUGACAAAUUAAUGAUCUACAUUGAACAGUAUAACACAAAAUCCACAGUGUGACUUGACAGAGAUUAAUCUGAAAUAGUUUUUAAAACUGAGGGAGAAUGCAAUUUUGACCAUGUAUUGACAACCUUAAAAACAGUCUGAAUUUGAUGCCAUGAAAAGAUCAAAGAGACAACAGAAUGUACAUUCAGAUGUAAUAAUUCAGCCUCCUAAUAUUCACUGUAUGUAUAGGCUUAUAGCCAACUGAUCAUAAAGCCGCACUUGGAACCAUGUCAGGUUUGGUUGGGUCAUCAUCAGCUCUUUGGGGUUGAUGACGGAGUCAGGGAGUCACUGGCUCAGUGUGAAUAAUAAUUAACUGUUUAACAGUAAGUGAGUGAACAUGCAACAUCUUAGACAGACUUCUGAACAGCUUUACAAUACACAAACAAUUCAUCAUAGUAAAUUGACAUUAUAUUUACCAGGAAAGCCUACCAGAAGAAUUGGUGUGAGAGCGCCCCCGUGUGGGGACCUUUGAUCUGGCUCUACAACAACAGAAUGGUUUAUUCAUUUCGACACCCUCAGUUACUCUACCAUUGUUUCUACUCACUCAUAUGUAAUACGAUACAUUAUGUAUUUUUGUAAAAUGAUCCUUAUUUCUACCUCCCCUUUUUACAAAUUAUCUUUGACUUUUUAUUUUCUAUUCUAGUCCAUAUUUGCUGUUUGGAUUGUUGCUGAUCCUGUGAUAUUAAAAAGAAAGAAAAGUUACUAAAAAAAAAAAAAAAAAAAAAAAGAAAACACCAAGUGUCUUAAAAUAUUGUAUUGCCAUCGUUUUUAAUGCCAAGUUCUACUUGUAAAUGUUUAUGUAUCAAAUGUGGCCUCAAAUUAAAUUGAAUCUAUAGUAUUAUUAAUAUGAUGAUUAUGAUUUGAGCAAUUACUUUAAAAAGUGCUGUAGACCACUGCUGUGAAAGAGUCAGUUCUGUU